AUAUCAUCCGGAAGAGGAAAGAGACAGAAGGGCAAAGGAUAACGGCCGAUACAUUGGCCAAAAUGGAUGUAGGAGAUGGGAACCUCACGGAGGAAGAGAAGGGGUUCGUAGCAAUGACCCUAAGGGGGUGCGAUAAGGCCAUUGCCUUUGAUGACUCGGAGAGAGGGAGGAUCGACCCAAGGUACGCUAAGCCGGCCUGGAUCCACACGGUCUCGCACGUGCCUUGGAAGGAUAGGCCUCAGUGGAAGUACGCUCAAAAGGAGAAAGAGCAGAUAGUGGUCUUCAUCAAGGAAAAGAUCAGGACGUUCGUCGCGGAACCUUGCGAAAGUGCCUACUCCAAUAAGUGGUUCUUUCUGAGGAAGGGGGGUAGCAACAAACUGAGAUGGAUUCAAGACCUCCAAAGGACCCAUGCAGUCACCGUAAGAGACGUGGGGUCUAUACCUGAGGCCGACUUGCUAGCGGAAGGAUCGGCAGGUCGUUCAAUAUACUCUAUCUGCGAUCUCUUCUCAGGGUAUGAUGAGAUUCCCUUAGAUUACCGGGACAGGCACAUGACCGCCAUGCAUACGCCUUUAGGGCUGGUUCAAAUGAUGGUGGUACCAAUGGGUUGGACGAAUGGGGUAGCGGUAUUCCAAAGGGCCAUGAUCGUGGUCCUCAAGGAGUUCAUACCAGAGAAGGUGGAGGUCUUCCUGGAUGAUUUCCCGAUAAAAGGACCGGUCGAACUGGAUGAGACGGAGGUCUUUCCGGGGGUGAGAAAAUUUGUGGCCGACCACAUGAGUGGCAUCAGAAGCGUCCUUGAGAAGCUAGAUGAUGCCAACCUCACGGUCAGCGGAACUAAGAGUCGUUGGGGAGUGUCCUCCAUCAAGAUACUGGAGUUCAUUUGCGAUAAGGAUGGGCGAAGGCCCGACCUCGAAAAAUUAGUAAAAUUGAUGACCUGGCCGUCACCGCUCAAGUCCAUAACGGAAGUCCGACAGUUUCUGGGGGUAGUGGGCUACUGGAGAAUCUUCAUAAAAGCCUAUGGAGAGAAAGCGGAACCCCUUAGAAGACUCCUUAGGAAAUCAGAAGGAUGGGUUUGGGGGGAAGCACAGGAAGCGGCCAUGGAAGCUUUGAAGGGGGAAUUCCGCGAAGGUGGAGAGGUCCUAGGAGUUCCGUUCUUCGAAGACGAGGAGAGUCGCCCGUUCAUAGUGUCCACGGACGCUGGACCUCAUUCGGUGGGAGGCCUCAUGUCACAAAAGGACGGAGAGGGGAAAGAGAGACCGUUGCGAUUCGAAAGCCGGACCUUGAACCCCGCAGAGAGAAAUUAUAGCCAAUUCAAAAAGGAGGUGUUAGGGGUCCUGCAUUGCCUAAAGGCCUUCCGUCAUUACCUAUACGGGCGACAUUUUCUCCUGCGAGUGGACCCAACUACAGUGGCGGCGGUUCUUCAAAAGGAUUUCUCGCUGACCGAUCCGAUCAUUGUCUAAUGGAUGAUACACAUUAGGCUUUACGACUAUAGGUUCGAGAGGAUAUCAGGGACCAAGAACCAGGUCGCGAACGGAUUGUCCCGGUUUCCCAUUCGUGAGGAGGACCUACCUAGGCUUAAGGAGGAAGAAGUGACAAUGGCCAAAGAAAAGAUAAUGAAAGUCGCCGCCAAUA